UGCCGACAUGUUUUGCAGAGGACACAUGCCUAUGGUCAUUUUUCUGAUUCUGCCUCACUCUGCUUGUCAAUCUGAACCUGGACCAAUUGGAAAUAAUGGAGUCCCUGGAGAGAGGGGAUCACGUGGACCUCCUGGAGAGAGAGGACCAAGUGGACCUCCAGGAAAGCCUGGAUCUCCAGGAGCUGUGGGAGUUCCUGGACCAGUUGGACCGCCUGGAAUGAGUGGACCUCCUGGAGCAGAUGGACCUGCUGGACCUCCUGCUGUACCGUGUUUGGAUCAAACUGGACUUUCAAGUAUUGCCACGGGAGGGUGUGUCCUAGCAAUUCUGGAUGGUGUUAUCCUGGUUGCUGUUGUUUUGUUCAUAAUGAGGAAUAUGUAA